ACUACUAAUAUUUCUUACAAACAGCACUCUGAAGCAACUCAAUGGCUUGAACUGUCAAGUAUAGUAGUUCAUACAAACACAACACAGCGACUUCCACUUCCUAAACAACAACAAAACAAGUAGCCAAACACAAACUCAAAAAUGCCGCCCAAAUCCGUACAGAACAAGCCGUACUUCUUCUACGGCCACCGUAAACCAACUCAACAUCGUCCCACUGUCCAGGGCGGCCUUUUCUCCAAUCGCCAAACCAUUAGCCCCAAAAACUCACCUACCCAAACUGAUAAUAAUAAUUUUCAGCUCCAAAAAUGGGACCCGGAUGGAGUUUCGGGUCGAAUAUCCAAUGACCCAUCUCAAGAAUUCUUCACUUUGGCUCAGCGGUUAUCGCCAAUUGCUAGGUAUAUAGUUGAUUCGUUUAGGAAACAUGGCAAGUGGGGUGAAGCCAUUGUCGCUGAUCUUAACCGAUUACGAAGGGUUACCCCUAAGCUUGUUACUGAGGUGCUCAAGCACCCUAAUCUUGAUCCCAAAAUUUCCUCCAAGUUCUUCUAUUGGGCUGGAAAGCAGAAAGGUUAUAGGCAUGAUUUCUCUUGUUACAAUGCCUUUGCUUACGGUCUGAAUCGGGCGAAUCAAUUUCGGACAGCUGAUCAGGUUCCUGAGCUGAUGCAUAUGCAAGGAAAGCCGCCUAGUGAGAAACAAUUUGAGAUCUUGAUCAGAAUGCAUGCUGAUGCUAAUAGGGGUCUUAGAGUAUACUAUGUGUAUGAGAAGAUGAAAAAAUUUGGGGUAAAACCAAGACUUUUUCUGUAUAAUAGAAUAAUCGAUGCUUUGGUUAAAACCAAUCAUAUGGACUUGGCUAUGUCAGUAUAUGGUGAUUUCAAGAAGGAUGGGUUGGUGGAGGAGAGUAUGACUUUCAUGAUCUUGAUAAAGGGCCUAUGCAAGUUAGGACGGAUGGAUGAAGUGUUUGAGCUUUUGGGUCGGAUGAGAGAAAAUCGUUGCAAACCAGAUGUGUUUGCUUAUACAGCAAUGGUAAAGAUACUGGUUGCAGAGUGGAACUUGGAUGGUUGUUCAAAGGUUUGGAAGGAGAUGCAGCGAGAUGCAGUUGAACCCGAUGUUAUUGCUUAUUCAACUUUUAUUGCGGGUCUGUGUAAAAAUAAUCAAGUUGACAAAGGCUAUGAGUUGUUCAAAGAAAUGAAACAAAAGAAUUGUUUAAUAGAUAGGGGGAUUUAUGGAUCUUUGAUUGAAUCGUUUGUAGCAAAUGGGAAAGUUGGUUUAGCUUGUGAUUUGCUUAAGGAUCUGAUAGACUCGGGCUAUAGGGCUGAUUUGGCAAUUUAUAAUUCUAUUAUUGAAGGUCUCUGCAAUGCGAAACGAAUAGAUAGGGCCUAUAAACUUUUCCAAAUCACAGUUCAAGAAGAUCUUUGCCCUGACUUUUCCACUUUGAGGCCCAUAUUGGUGUCUUAUGCAGAGUCAAAGAAAAUGGAUGAAAUUUGCAAAUUGCUUGAGGAACUGCAGCGAUUAAGCUAUUGCAUAAGUGAUGAUUUGUCCAAAUUCUUCACAUUUAUGGUAGAGAAGGAUGAUAGGAUUAUGAUUGCUUUAGAAGUUUUUGAAUAUUUGAAAGUAAAAGGUUAUUGUGGUGUUCCAAUAUAUAACAUUCUUACUGAGGCGCUCUAUCAGAAUGGCGAGGUUAACAAGGCACUCACAUUGUUCACUGAGUUGAAAAAUUCAGAUUAUGAACCUGAUUCAUCAACUUAUAGCAAUGCCAUCCAAUGUUAUGUAGAGGUUGGAAAUGUAAAGGAGGCCUGUAGUUGCUAUAACAGAAUUAAAGAGAUGUCUUUGAUUCCCUCAGUUGCUGCAUAUCGUUCUCUUGUCAAAGGGCUUUGCAAAAUAGGAGAGAUUGAUCCAGCGAUGAUGCUAAUUCGUGACUGCCUAGGCAAUGUGGCGAGUGGCCCUAUUGAGUUUAAGUAUAUUCCCACCAUUAUUCAUGUCUGUAAAAUGAAUGAUGCUGAGAAGGUUAUGAAAGUUCUUGAUGAGUUGCUCGAAGAGGGCCAUUCCCCUGAUAAUGCUGUAUAUUGUGCUGUAAUUUCUGGUAUGUGCAAACAUGGAACAAUUGAAGAAGCACGGAAAUUUUUUGCAAAUAUGAGAAAGCGAAAGCAUCUCACUGAAGCUGACUUAGUUGUUUAUGAUGAGAUGCUUAUUGACCACAUGAAGAAGAAGACAGCGGACCUGAUGUUGUCUGGAUUGAAGUUUUUUGGUCUGGAAUCAAAGCUUAAAGGGAAGGGAUGUACACUUUUAGCAGGUUGAAGAAAAUGAAAUAGGUAGUUGUUGAACAGUUCCUGUCGUAGUUGCUGAGGGAUCCAUCUAUCGCACUGGAAGCUUUCAAGUGCAUAUUCUUUUUGAGAGUUGAAAGACUACUCCGAUCCUUUCUGAAGGGUUUUGCAGAAAAGAUGACCACAUUCCAACAAUUUUGGUACAUUUACUGCCAAGGAUUCCUCAGCUCCUCUUGGACCAUUUCCUACUGAGACAUGUUCAGUGGGAAAUAUUCCAAUUGGGUGUCAUCUGUUGAUCUAUGCUUAGUGCGAACCGAAUUUUUUCGGUUGCAACUUGAAGUUGGAAAAUGAGCUUAUUCAGAAACUGGCAGCUGUUGAAGUAUAUUCUGCCAGAUGAAAGCAUUUACUUGGAAGUAUUUGUCCUCUCUCUCACUCACUCUGUUGUUGCUGUGUGUAUGGAAAGAGAGCAAGAGAGAGAGAGAAAGCAUCUUUUUGUGGGAAUGGUUUAACAGUGUCGAAAUGCUAGCUAAAUGACAUGGUUAGGAAGAUUUGCAAGCAUUUGUUUGCUUUUUGUUGUUUCCCUGGUUCAAAUUUUCUCGCGAAGGGUAAUUGACCGCUGGAUAUUGGCAGAUCAUAGGACAUGGAUGAUGCUUCAAGAACAACAUCAUGGACGAUGCUAGUAGCGUUUUAAAAGAGAAUGUAAAUGUGCAAUUUCAAAAGGAAGGAUCUGUUGAUUUAGUCUGAAUCUUGUUACAAUAUGUAAUAAACAUAUUUUUCCUCAACUUCUUGAGGAUGAGAUAAAAUCUAGUUUUGCUGAGCAGCUUGGUAAUAAUAUUGAUUCAUCUCGUGAUAGGUUAAUGCAGCAUUAGCUAGCUUUUGAUUGAUGCUGUAUAACUUGCAAAGUGACAUACAGACUAGCUUUGGCUGGUUGUAAAUGAUGUAUCUGAAAAUUUUGUUUCAAAAACUUGCAACUGAUGGUGCA